AUGGUUGCCAUCAAGUGUAUUGCCGACGUUUGCUUGAUCCCAAUUGGGACCGCUUCUCCUUCAGUGUCCAAGUACGUCACCAAAGUUGAGCUGGUGAUUCGUAAAUCCCCAUUGAAGUCCACCCUUCAUUCUGCCGGAACCACCAUCGAGGGUCCAUGGACCGAAGUCAUGGACCUCAUUGGAUCACUUCACGAAGUGUUACACAAAGAAGAUGGGGUGUUGAGAAUCCAAAGCGAUAUUAGAGUCGGCACCAGAACCGAUAAACCCCAAACUGCCGAAGAUAAGGUCAGAGUUGUGGAAGAAGGCUUGAAGAAAUUAUCCUAA